AUGGAUAACAAGAUAUUCGUGUCCGACUCUCUUAUCCGCCUUACAGGUGCCUCUGACGCUACGGUCGUUGACUUCGUGCUUGCAACCGCUAGUUCUACCAAAUCAGCCUCCGCAUUACAAGACAAACUUCUACCCUUUUUGGAUGGCAGUCAAGAUGAAAUCAGUUUAUUCUGUAGAGAGCUAUACGAUCGAGCUGGGGGUGGCGCGAAGAUCGGCUCGAGUAAAGGGACGGCCGCGCAAAAGACAAAAGACAGCAGAGGGGACGCGUCGAAAAAGAAAUAUCGAUUAGUCGAAAUGGAGGACGAUGUUCCAGACGCUGCGGCUUCUCUGGGUCCUCUGAGUGUCGAGACUGAAAGCGAGAGGCGGAAAGGAAAGAAUGCCGAUAAAAGCAGGGCCAAGGACAGCAGUCGAUGGAAGAAAGAUGAGUACAGCAGCAGCAGGAAGAGAGAUCGUAGCCGGGAUGUUCGGGAUCGAGAUCGCCACAGGUCCAAGAAGCUGCGCAGAAGGGACGUGGAGGACUUUGAGGAUCGUUGGGGCGACGAAGAGAUACCGGACGAUGAGUUGCAAGGGUAUGACGAGCAGAAUGAUAUCCAGGAGUCUCCGUCUAAACGGUCUAGGCUUGAGGAUAGCCCUGCAUCGCCUCGUUCCACCUCAUCCGCCGAGCUGGAUCCAGAGACAAAACGGGAGAUGGAGCGACAGCGGGAUCUGAAGGAGAGAGACGAACUUGCUAAGCGCUUGGCCAAGAAGGACGAGGCAAGGUCGAAAAAGAUAGUCGAAGACCGGACCAGAACGGGGGAGGUCGCACGGAGAAGGGCCUUAGCCGGUGAUGCAGAGGCUAGAGCAGCCGUUAUGCCUGAACUGAGGAUCCGUUCUCGACAAGAAUAUCUGAAAAAGCGAGAAGCCGAACGGCUAGCACUUCUAAGAAGACAGGUUGCGGAGGAAACCGCAGAGUUGCGAGAGAACCCCAAUCUGACGCGCAGAGAGAAGGAAGAGUUUGCGAGGAACCGGGAAGUCCUCCGCAUCGCAGAGGAGAGGCUGCGCAUCGACGACCAUCGCGAUGGCUAUAUGAUGCCGGAAGACUACAUUACUGAGAAAGGGAAGAUUGACCGAAAGAAAAAAGAAGAGGCUCUGUUCAAGCGAUACGUCGACCGUGAUGAAUUGGGACAGGAGCGGUUUAUUACGGAGCACGAGGAGUGGGAAAACGAGCAGACGGCCAAAGCAAGGGCGCAAAUCCAGAGAGCGGAAUUUGUCGAUGAGGGCGACUACGAAUAUGUCUUCGACGAUACCCAGAAGAUCAACUUUGUUGUGGAUACCAAGCUUGAAGGGACCCGGAAGCCAAUGACCAAGGAACAACGUUUGUUGCAGGAGCAGCUUGAGGCUGCUGAGAAGAAAGCCACGACUAUAGAGGAAACCAGGAAGAGCCUUCCAAUUUACCAGUUCCGCGAUGAGAUCAUUCAAGCUGUUCAAGAUCACCAGAUCUUAAUCAUCGUUGGUGAAACCGGGUCCGGUAAGACGACUCAGAUCCCGCAGUAUCUGCACGAGGCAGGCUACACGAAGGGUGGCAUGAAGAUUGGAUGCACGCAACCGCGACGAGUUGCUGCCAUGAGCGUUGCCGCUCGUGUUGCCGAAGAGAUGGGAGUGAAGCUUGGUAACGAGGUCGGGUAUGCGAUUCGGUUCGAAGACAACACGAGUGAUAAGACCAUUCUUAAAUACAUGACAGAUGGAAUGCUACUUCGGGAACUUCUGACGGAGCCUGACUUGGGCCAGUACUCCGCGUUGAUGAUCGACGAGGCCCACGAACGUACUGUGCCUACUGAUAUUGCCUGUGGGUUGUUAAAGGACAUCGCCAAGGCCAGACCAGACUUGAAACUCCUCAUCUCUUCGGCAACGAUGGAUGCACAGAAGUUCCAAAAGUACUUCGAUGAUGCUCCCAUUUUUAAUAUUCCUGGGCGCAGGUAUCCCGUCGAUAUCCAUUACACGCCGCAACCUGAGGCCAAUUACCUGGCGGCGGCAAUUACGACCAUCUUCCAGAUCCAUGUUACUCAGGGCCCUGGUGAUAUCUUAGUGUUCCUGACCGGCCAAGAGGAAAUCGAGGCAGCGGAGCAAAGUCUGCAAGAGACUGCCAGGAAACUGGGCAGCAAGAUUCCGGAGAUGAUCGUAUGCCCCAUCUACGCCAACCUACCAUCUGAUCUACAGACCAAAAUCUUUGAACCGACGCCUCCAGGUGCGCGGAAGGUUGUGUUGGCUACUAACAUUGCCGAAACUAGCUUGACCAUCGACGGUAUCGUUUUUGUGAUUGAUCCUGGCUUCGUGAAGGAGAAUGUGUUCAAUCCUCGAACCGGCAUGGAGAGCUUGGUAGUGACCCCGUGUUCGCGGGCUUCUGCGAACCAAAGAGCUGGUCGCGCAGGUCGAGUGGGGCCUGGAAAAUGCUUCCGGUUAUACACCAAAUGGGCCUACUAUAAUGAGCUGGAAGAGAAUACAACGCCGGAAAUUCAACGGACAAACCUGAGCAGCGUCAUCCUGAUGCUAAAGUCGCUGGGUAUCGAUCAGCUCCUUGACUUCGACUUUAUGGAUCCCCCUCCUGCCGAGACUAUCAUUCGUGCGCUUGAACAGCUCUACGCCCUUGGGGCUCUCAAUGAUAGGGGCGAACUGACCAAGGUUGGGCGGCAGAUGGCCGAGUUUCCUACGGACCCGAUGCUUGCCAAGGCGAUCCUGGCUGCGGACAAGUACGGCUGCGUGGAAGAGGUCCUGUCGAUCGUGUCGAUGCUUGGAGAGUCCAGCGCACUCUUCUUCCGGCCCAAGGACAAGAAAAUCCAUGCGGAUAGUGCACGGGCUCGAUUCACGAUCAAGGAUGGCGGGGACCAUCUGACGCUGCUCAACAUCUGGAACCAGUGGGUGGACUCGGAUUUCAGUUAUGUGUGGGCGCGGGAGAACUUCCUGCAGCAACGCAGCCUUACGCGGGCACGCGACGUACGGGAUCAAUUGGCAAAGCUAUGUGAUCGGGUUGAAGUGAUGAUCAGCACAUGUGGAUCGAACGAUCUCAUCCCCAUCAUGAAAGCUAUUACAGCGGGCUUCUUCCCGAAUGCAGCACGGUUGCAACGUGGAGGCGACAGUUAUCGCACGGUCAAGAAUGGGCAGACGGUGUACCUGCACCCGUCGAGCACGCUGUUCGAGGUGAACCCGAAGUGGGUGAUAUAUUAUGAACUGGUCCUGACGAGCAAAGAAUACAUGCGGAGCAACAUGCCUCUGCAAGCGGAGUGGUUGAUCGAGGUGGCGCCGCAUUACUAUAAGAAGAAAGAUCUGGAGACGCUGGGGCUGGACCGGAAGGUCCCGAAGGGCCAAGGGGCGGCUGGAGAGAAGAGCAGGAACUAG